UCAGAUGAUUUGUAACCUCUGAUUUUAGAGUGUGCUUGUUCACUGAAAAUAUCAUGUGUAAUCCUAUUUUCAGAAAAUGGUUUAACCCUGCUUUAUCAGCAAAAUUCAGUGUAUUUAAUAAGUCAUGUGCGCUUAACCAUGCAACAUAAUGGAGCUUUAUACAAGCUUUAAGUAAAGAACAUGGGAAAUAUAUUAACUACAAAACUGUGUGUGUUUUCAUAAAUACUCAUUUUGUUUGCAUGAAUGGGAUCAUAAUACUAGCGAAAACAAAGCACUUCAAACUCAAGGACAGUUCACAAUAUCUACUGCAAAAUGGCGACAUCUGUAGAUUCAGGUCAUAGUGGUUCAGACUUAGUGAAGGACUAUGUUUGUGGAGGUUGCGAAAGCAGACAAAUUUAUGAAAGUGCUGAUUAUUUUUGUGCAACAUGUACAAAGUUUUUCUGCAGAAAAUGUAUUGAUCCUCAUGAUCAAAUAUAUGCAAACCAUUCCAAAUAUGGAAGAGGCGAAACAUAUAAAUGGCCUCUUACAAAGACAAUGGAGGAUUUGCUACUGAAAUGUGAUGUUCACAAGGACAAGAAACUGAAAAUGUUUUGUCAAGACCACAGUCAGCUGUGUUGCACUGAUUGUGCUUUUCUGUGCCACAGACAGUGCACAAAUGUGGCUCUUAUUUUUGAGUCAGCCAAAAACCUGUCAAUGGAUAUGCAACAGUUAUCAAACAAACUGCAAACUAUUGUUGAUGAAUUAAAUAAGUUUAAGAUUACAAAAGAGGCCAGCAUGCAGUCCGUGGAAGAAUCAUGUAAUGAAAAACUGCUAGAAAUCCAAGACCUGCGAAAGAAAAUAAAUGCUGCUUUGGACGCACUAGAAAAUACAACAUUUAAAGAAUUGGAUGAAAUUCGAACCACAUUACUAACCUCUCUCAAGAAAGAUAUUGACAAUGGCAACAAACUGAAGGAUGACUUACAAACACUCAGAGAAGCUGUAAAUGGCCUUUGUGAUAAAAGUAAAAAAGAACUUGAGUUCAUAGCCAGCAGAAAAUGUUUGGACAAAAUACAAGAGUCAGAGUCAUAUCUGAAGGAGAACCAUGUAAAUGUGCAGAGUUCAAUAACAUUCAGAGCAAACACUGACAUUUGGCAGUACUUGUUUAAACAGUCAAGUCUAGGAAGGAUUGUAGACAGUAUGCAGUCUCUCAAACUCAAGAUGAAUCCAGAUCAGGUGUUAACUCUGAUGAGGACAUCAGAGUAUACUGUGAGCAUACCAAGUGACACAUGUCAGAAUUACUUCAUCAGUGGCAUUUGCAGCAUGCCUAGUGGCCAGGUCAUUGUUGCAGAUUUUCAUAAUAAAAAGGUGAAACUUUUGGACCAGCAUUAUAAUGUGUCCAGUCACUGUGAUGUGACUGGUAAACCAUGGGAAAUUUGCCCUAUCACAUCCAGUGAGGUUGCUGUAGUUUUUAAUAAAGAUGUGCAGUUUAUCUCUGUGAACAAUGGGAAGUUGGUCAAUGGGAGGCAGUUUUCAUUAAAACAUGAUGUCAAAGGUAUUGCCUAUCAUCAGGGAGCAUUGUAUAUCACCUCCGGCACUACAUUGUUCCAAUACAGUCUUACCGGAUCACAAAUAAAAAAGUUGUAUGAGGAUGUAAGCCGCUGUUGGAGAGGUACAUGAAAUUUUCUAUACAUAUAAAUAAAAGGUUGUAUCUAUUGUUGAUAUUUUUUACAAGUAUGACAAUUUUGAUGUAACAAAUGACAAUAGAGUAAAUGCAUGUAUUAUA